GACCGAGCGGAGUAAAGUGACAACGGAGUCGGUCUCCAUUAGCGAAGGAGCAACCUGUCCCAGCUCCACGGUUGCUUCUCCUUUAUUCUGUUGUCCCACAGGGAAAACCGGGAGCACCAACAUCUGUAUCCUGACCUGAAUGGAGGUUACAUCGCUCCUCAUCAUGCAGACGAACAGCGAAUGUUAGCUUAGCUUGCGUUAUCGUUAGCAGAGGGACUCCUCCGUCUGACAAGCGACAGCAGCGGGGAUCACCAGCGUCCGUCCGGAGAGAGGUUACUGGAUGCCAAACAUACACACACAUUCUGGAAACUCUCAUUAGCAGAUCAGCUAACGUCAAGUUUCUGCUGGUUAACUAAGUUGUUAUUCGGCAAGGAGCAAGAAAAGUAAUUUAAGGGGGCAUUUGCUCACCAGACAGGUGAAGGCCACUAGCCGAAGGUGCAGAGGCUGUGGCCAAUCCCAGAGGAGCAUGACCUCAGUGAUGCUGGUCGACACUGGUGGUACUGUAGUGGAAUAUGUCACAGCUGAAGAGGACCCACAGCAGCAGGAUGGAGAGUGUGAGGUGGAUCUGGAGUUGGAAGGAGAAGUGGAAGGUGACUGUGAAGCUGAGGAGCCCUAUGAGGAGGAAGAGGUGCCAGACAGAGAAGACGCAGACUACCCAGCGGUCAUAGUUGAGGAGGUGCCUGGUGCCAGCCUGGUGGAGGAACUGGGCUACUCAGCCCAGGUGCUUGUGUAUGAUGACGGGGCAUACCUCAUGCAGGAACUGGGCGAUGAGCAGGAGGUGGAGACAGAAGGGGAAGUGGAGGCCUCUGUCCAUGGAACCAAUGUCCACUGCUCUGACAAGACUAUUGAGGCUGCAGAAGCUCUGCUACACAUGGACUCACCUUCUAGCCUCCGGGAAGACCGUAGUCCAGAUGCUUAUGUUCCAUCAUGUGUCGCGUCACCAGACUUCCUCCAUGCCGCCAUGCGUCCAGACAUGAUCACAGAGACAGAGGUAGAGAUAUCAACGGAGGACUGCUGUGAGGAGGAAGAUGAGGAGAUGGUCGACCUGCUGGAUGAGCCAGAACCAGAGCCUGACCACGAGCCUAUCAGGAAGAGGAGAGCUGGACGGAAGCCCAAGACACAUCAGUCAGCCUUUUCCAACGGCUCUCCAGACCUUGGCGUCAAGAAGAAACCAAGAGAAGGGAAAGCAGGGAGCACCACCUACCUAUGGGAGUUCCUGUUGGACCUUCUCCAAGAUAAGAACACAUGUCCCAGGUAUAUCAAGUGGACGCAGAGGGAGAAGGGCAUCUUUAAACUUGUCGAUUCUAAGGCUGUGUCCAAACUGUGGGGAAAACACAAGAACAAGCCAGACAUGAACUACGAGACCAUGGGAAGGGCACUCAGAUAUUACUACCAGCGUGGCAUCCUUGCCAAGGUAGAAGGCCAGCGGCUUGUUUAUCAGUUCAAAGAGAUGCCCAAAAACAUUGUCAUUAUUGAUGACGACAAGGCAGACAUGCCCACUCCAGACAAUCUCACUGGCUCAGAGUCCAGAGCGUCCUAUGAGCGUGUGCCACCACCAUCAGAUCUGCUGCUUCAGGCGACUGAACUGUCAUCCCCCAAGAAGCCCAACAUCCUGAGGGGUGGGAAUAGACCCAACAUUGCCCCAGCCCCCGUCGCCACAGGCAGCAAGACAGCAGCAGCAGCAGGGGGAGGAGGUGGUAGCGGCAGUGGUGGUGGUGUGGCCGUAGCAGCAGGGGUUCCAAGGAUUGUGACGGUUUCCACGGCAGCUGAUGGGAGCCAGACACAGCAAUCUCACACAGCAAUCAUCCCAAACGCGACUGGGCCAAGGACGGUGCGAGUUGCAAUGCAGGUUCCUGUAGUCAUGACAACAUCACUGGGUCAGAAGAUCUCUACAGUGGCUGUUCAGCAGCCGGCAGGAACGACGGGGGCAGCUGGUCACACUACUCUCCUCACCAACACCAAUCCUAUUGGUGCAGCUGCUGGUGGCACCAGCUCACAACAGAAGGUUGUGAUUCAGACCAUCCCCACCAUGGUCCCAGCCACAGCAGAUAACGGAGACAAAAUCACUGUCCAGUUGGCUAAGAUAAUCACAAUACCGGCCCAUCAGUUAGCUCAGUGUCAGCUGCAGACCUCUACAGGCUCCAAGCCCAGUGUCGGGACCACCCCGGCUGGUAUCAGCCUCCUUGGGAGCCCACUGACAGUCCGUGCCCUGGCACCCGUCAACGUCACCCCAGGAACACAAGUAAUGAGACUGACAGUGCCAACGCAGUCUCCACAACAGGCCUUGGUAGUGUCUCAGCCAGGGAGUGUUGGGAGCGGAGGGGCAGGUGUGAUAACAGUAUCAACAGCCAAGCAGACGGUGGCUGCACAGCCUCGGAUCAUUAGCGGUGUCAUCAAUGGCUCAGAGUUGGUGAUAGGAGGGCCGGCAAAUGCAGGAGUCACAGUGGAAAGGCUCAAGGUCCAAGCUGUUCAGGUGCCGGUGACUGUGGCUGUCCAACAAAACCAGGCCAAUCCCAAAAUUGUCCACAGUGUCCCAUCUGAGGUGGAGGACGCUGAAGUGGUGAUCAAACUGGAAGCACCUGAUGUGACAAAAACAGAAGAACCCGAGUGUUGAAAUGCACAUGUACGUACAUGUCUCCCAUCAGACUCCCCUCUCUGCCUGAGAGACAGACUUUGUAUAAAUCUCAAGUCAUUUUUACUCUGGUAAUAAUAACUAGGCAGCAGUCUGUGAGACUUUUAAAGACUCCUCAACCCUUAGUUACACCUUCCCUUUCCCUGCAUUGAACAUUACAUGACUAAACCAGUGUUUUCUUGGAGCCACACUGAAACCUCUUGAAGGUAAAAACUCAUGUACAGAACGCAGACUGUAGCACCUAACAUAGGAACCCACAGACCUAAAGGGACUCAUUGGGAAAGAAAGGGACCAACACUUAUCACUACGAAUAAUGCCUUCUAAUGGAAUGGAAUCUACAACUGACUCCAAUUUAAAAACAUCGACAAGGCUGUAAAUUAAAAACAGAAACACUACAAAUCGAAGGUGAACAAUUACAAUCAACCAAAAUAUGAACUGUGACAGUGGGAGGGCUGUAAAGCGCAUUUUGAUAUUUUGGCCUAUAUGGACGUUAAAACCAGCAAUUUUUUUUUUUUUUUCUUUUCAUAUCACAUCAUAUCACCGUGCAGAUCUAGCGUGAGUGGUGCUACUAGAGAAAGGAAGAGAAAGUGGAGCUGAGAAAAAGCUCUAAAUCAGAAAAAUGGUGGAAAGAAAUGGUCAUGUUUGUAGAUAUAUAUAAAUACUCUAUAUAUGUGUAUAUAUAUAUUUACGGAGCUAAAGUUAACAGAAACAGCCUCAGAUUUUAAUUUUACCUUUUUGUUUUCAUUUAUUGUAUGAACAGUAAACAGGUUUGUUUUUUGUGUUUUGAUACCUUGUACCAACCACAGUAUUACUUAAGGAGCUAAUGUCUGUAUUAUUAGUUCCUGUCUCUGUCUGGCUGUUAAACACUCAUAGAUUGAAUCAGCAGCAUAUCAUCGUAGGUCAGAGGUCAGGUUGCUUGUAAUGUGUCCUCCUCUGGGCUUGAAUUUGGAUCUUGGCUGUUUACUUAAUUAUUUUGUACAGGCUGCAUCUGAAUGCAAUGAAAUGAGCCAAUGCAUGCUACCAUGUCUUUUUUUUUUUUUUUUUUAAAUUGGGAUGUACUGUAUGCCAGCUCAGAAUGAGUUCUUUAAAUAUUAAGAGACUUUGAAUAUUGAAUGAAAAUCCACUGUGAGUCCCAGGUCAACUUAUGUUUCAAACAGAGGGUCAAUAUGGCAGCUUCCAGUCUGUGCCAAGUUGGCCCUUCCCCAAACAUUUCAUUAUUCUUUUUUUAUCAUUAUUCUUUUUUUAUCUUAAGAGAGAAGAUGGAGAGGUAGAGGAUGGUGUUCAGGCUGAACUGUUUGUAUAUUCAACAUUUGAAGUAUAUUAUAUUUUGUUGUACUCUUGUUUCAAAGUGUAUUAAAGUAGGUUUUACUGA